ACUGUAGGCUGCUAGCAUGAUCCCGUGAUCUCAUUCCACUGUUUACAUUCUUCAUUCAUAUUCGCAUUCCUACAGACUACAGUAAGAACUCUCAAGCCCAGCUCACAGGAGAUAGCAACUGAAGUACUGUCUGUGCUGUAGCUGUUUCACCAAACCGGGCUGCACCAGUAGAGCUGAACUGAGGCCAGUGCCGGUCGACGAAGCGAAGGCAAAGCUGAGCUGAGGCUGAGCUGAAGCAGGUGAAGUACCGACCGUCACUACGAGUACGACUCGGGAGGAGUAGUACUAGUGUAGCCUACGGGGUGAACGUGGGCACAGCCGCCACAGCUGUCACAAAUUUUGAAUGCUUUUGUUUGUCCAGAUUUGAACUUUUUAAAUUUGAAAUUUUGGGGUAGAGUCUAAGAUUGAAGAGAUAUGGUGUUAUCAAAGAGAUUCCUGUUUGUUACUUUGGUUUGUGGACUUGGCUUGGUCCUUUCCUGUCAACCUCCAGAUUGUGACAGACCAGAUUGUGGAACAUGUGGAAAUGCAUGCUGUACACUGGAGCUUGUUUUCACUGCACCGAGUGAAAAGGUGUUUGAUGCGUAUGUUGAUGGACUGAAAAGAGGUGGUGAUGAUGGCCGCUACACCUUUAUUGGUUCAGAUGACCUCAGGAAGUACAAGGUCAAGGCUGAUUUCAUUCUACAGGGGUGGCAUCGCACCCAAGAGCAUCAUUACAACGAUACUUUAAACUUUGCCUUUUCUACGAUGGACUCGUUCUGCCUUGUGAAAGCCUUCUCCAUAUCUCAGAUAGCUGGGGCUUUCUGUGAUGCCGGGCAGAAUUAUAAGAACCUGAUCGGAUUGACCAAGAACCUUGGUAUGGACUUCACUCAGCAUACAGUCAGCGGAUGUCCACCACCGAAUCCACUCUUCAAGUAAACCAGGGAAAUCUUCAUCAGAUCAGAGGCAUAAUCCAAGAACAAAUACAUCUUUAUUAAAUUGAAUAGCUGGAUGAAUAUUUUCAAUACUCUUCAUUCAGUUUUGAGUAGUUCACAUCAUGACGUGGUUCAGCAGGUAUGUGUUUAACAAAAUACCUGACUACCACAGUUACCGUUUUCAUUUUUUCAUUUGCCUGAAACUGAAAGAAUGUUAUUAUUGUGGAUUUAUCCCAUGAUUUAUUUCUUCCUUGCAUUUCCUUGUGCUAUAUGUUACAGCUAUGGAACAUUUCUAGAAAUGUUCUUCUAUUGUCCCUUGCUCAACUCAGUUGUAGAAGUUUUAUAUAAUAACUAUGCAAAACAUGGAUUUACACAUCAUGUGAAGUUCAACUUUCAUCAUUAAUUUGCAGUUUUUGGAAGAUUCAGGUAAUCAUUGCAUAACUACAGAGAAUUAUUUUAUUUCAUGAAAAAAAAAAUGUUUUCAGAACCUUAAGAGAUUAUUUCAUACAUUCCCUUUUCUCUGCAUGAGAUAGAUAGAUCAGAGCCAAUCUUUGUUUUCAUUCAUAGCACAAUGCACAAACAAGAAACGGAUAGCUGUUUUACGAUACACCUCAGGUCAUAGUGGGUAUCAUUUAUCAUGAAAAAUUCCAUUUCAUGCUCUCACUGUUUUUAUAUAUGUACAACAAACAAAGAUUCUAGUUUUUAUACAGAAUCUUUUAUUUUGUAUACAAUUGUCUCUGUCACUGUUGAUUAUGUCAUAUGUCAGUAUGAGUUUAUAUGAUAUACAGUGCAUCUGAGAAAAAAAGAAAACCGGGAUUCCAAUGUCUUUCUUCUUCUUCAAAUGAAUUAUAUCUAAUUUACAUAAUCAUAUAAUUCAAUUAUUCCUCUUUAUUUUGAUACCUAAUAUGUGACAAACACUUCAUGCAUUAAUGAGCAAAAUGAGUUUGAAAUUUUCAUGUCAAAACCAGGUAGCACAGAGAAUUUGGACAAGAUUGGUUCAUGAUACAACAAACAUGCUUAUUUCUUUUGUAUUCGUUGUUAAGAUUCUCUCACUGAUCGUGAAAUGAGAAAGGAUUCAGAUUCACAUGUGAGUUUCUGCCAAAUCAUUUCUGAUAUACCUCAGUAUUUUAUUGUUUGUAAUCUUCCAUGCGUGAACGAUGUGCUAAGCUGUUGGUUUCAAAUUAGAGAUGAGAUUCCACUCUCACCAUGAGUAUCAGAUUUAUAGUAAAAACAUAAUUGUGAAAUCUAUCUCUGAAAACGGUUUCCUUUUUUGUGGGACGCACUGUAUAGUUAAGGUCUUGAUUAUUUGAUAAUUAAUACUCACAGCUGUAGUUCUAGUUAUUAACGUCUUUCCUGAAAAUCAGUACUAAUUUCUAUGAGGAAUAAUGAAUGUAUAUUUCAAAAAUACUUCUAAAAAAUGAGUGAUCUUUCAUCCGUCCAACAAAGUGAAUAUGUACAUACUAGUAUUUACCAAUAGAAACUACAAAUUAUUAUUGUUAUUUUUCAUUUUCCUUUAAUUGUUCUGGGAUUAUUUUAAGAUCUAUCUAAAUGAUAUUUGAAAUGAUUUUGCAUGUGGUUUACCAAAAUAACAGUUCAUGAAAAAAGGGCAUUUACCUUAAAAUCUUUUUUACGAAUAAUAACACUAGUAUUUUUAGCUGGGUCUGAUGGUUACUUUUUUAUUUAAAGGGAUGGUCCGGGCUGAAAAUAUAUCUUAAUACAUAGAGUAGAAUUUACUGAGCAAAAUGCCAAAAAUUUCAUCAAAAUCGGAUAACAAAUAAUAAAGUUAGUGAAGUUUAAAGUUUAGCAAUAUUUUGUGAAAACAGUAAUCAUGAAUUAGCCCACCUAAAUAAUAUUCAUGAUGACUGUUUUCACAAAAUAUUGCUAAAAUUUAGAAUUCAAUAACUUUUUAUUUGUUAUCCGAUUUUGAUGAAAUUUUCGGCAUUUUGCUCAGUGAAUUCUACUCUAUUUAUUAAGCUAUAAAUACUUUCAGCCCGGACCAACCCUUUAAUAAAGCAUAGAUGCGUUUGGAGUGCACUCGGUGCACUUUUGAAUCUGUCUUCAUUUCUACAAUAAACAUACACUGAAGGGAUAUAGGGACCAUGGUACAUAGACAAAGGAAAAUCUAGCUCAUAUUUCAAGCCAGAUAAUUACAUGUAUAGCAAGCACAUAAUAAAAAUCGGAAUCAAAACUAAUUUGUCAAAUGUUUAUUGAAUCUGUCUACUUCUAUAGAUCUUCAACUGAUUAACAACUGUAAACCAUAUGCUGUAGGAGCAAACAUCUUGUGUGGUUUUAUUUAACCAACUAACACAUUGAACUUUUUAAAAAGUCAUUUUUUAUUUUAUGUGAAGAGUAGUUUAAUGAUUACUGUAUAUGUUUGAAUAUUUCUUUAAAUCAUAUCAUAUGUCAAAGCCCCCCACUUUUUCCAAAAGUCGUGUACAAAAAAAAAGCCAUCUGAUUGUGAUUUUGUGCAUGGUGAGCCCCCCCCCCUCCCCCUUUAAAAACUCUUCUGUGGCCCCUGAAGACUAUCAUGUAAUGUAUUAAUCUAUCAUGCUUGCCCUUAAAGGCUUAACAUUAAAGGUCAAGUCCACCCGAGAGAAAUGUUGAUUUGAAUAAAUAGAGAAAAAUCAAACUAGUAUGAUACUGAAAUUUUCAUCAAAAUCGGAUGUAAAAUAAGAAAGUUAUGACAUUUUAAGUUUCGCUUAGUCUUCACAAAACAGUGAUAUGCAAAUGAGAGUCGAUGAUGUCCAUCACUCACUAUUUCUUUUGUUUUUUAUUGUCUGAAUUAUACAAUAUUUCAUUUUUUACAGAUUUGACAGUAAGGACCAACUUCACUGAACCAUAAAAACAAUGCUAAUUCCACAUAUUUAGGGAGGAUUUUAUCUUUGAUUCACUUGACAAUGAGGAGAAAAUUAGAAUAUUUCAUACUUCAUGUAAUGAAAUACAAAAGAAAUAGUGAGUGGAUGACGUCAUCAGUCUCAUUUGCAUACCACCCAGGAUGUGUAUAACUGUUUUGUGAAAUUAAGCGAAACUUUAAAAUGUCAUAAUUUUCUUAUUUUACAGCAGAUUUUGAUGAAAUUUUCAGUGUUAUGUUUGUUGGAUUUAUCUCUUUAUUCAAAUCAAUUUUUGUUGGGGUGGACUUGUCCUUUAAUCAAAUACAUAUCCUGGAACUUGAAUUGAUUAGAAAAAAAUGUGUUAUUAGUUUUACAAUGAUCAAUGAUUAUUUGCUGUAAAUAAAAUGUCUAGAUAUAUCUAUUUAGCCUAUAAGAGAAUAGAUAUUGGAAAGUUUAUAAUUCAUGUAUUAAAGAGUAUGAUCUUUGUGAUACUUUUUAUAAAUUAUGUUGAUGUGAUCUCAAACAGUAUCCUAAAUUGGUUUGUAGUGAUAGAAUUUAAACCUGUAACAUUUAAUACAAAUAAUUUGUUAAUAAAACAUGAAACGUAAUAAUUCUCUC